AUGGCCGCUUCCUGGGUGAGCGAUCAGUUGCACACACUCCUGGGCUGCAGUGACCACACAACGGUGCAGUAUAUUUUGGCGUUGGCGCGUAAAUCCGUGGAUGCCGAGGAGUUGCUGGAUCGUUUCCGGAGCACAGAAGCGAUGAGGGAUACGCCGGAGGUUCGGCGAUUCGCCAGCGAACUGAUGGCACAGGUACCACAUGCAGCCCCUAAACCACAAAAAGUUAUACAGCCAUCAGCAGCAGAAUUACGGGCCAGAGAAAUCAUGCGCCUGAACCGACGCUUGAAAACGGUGGAAUCAGAGGAUGAGGACGAGGCGCCAGUGAAGAAGCCAAAAAAAGCAAUAUUUUCGGUUCAGGACAAAAAAACCAAGGCCAAGCAUGCUGUGAAGGAGAGCGCAAUCGACGAAAUGGAUCGGUUAAAUGCGGAGGAAGAAAGGGAUCUGCGAGAGCGUGAUGAGCUGGCAGCAAGAAUUCGACAGAGAGACAAAGAGAAAACGCGAAAUGUCGUUGCAAAGUCGGGCAAAAAGGCCGAAGAAGAGGCAGCUAAAAGGUUAAAAAUGGAAACAAUUGAUCGGCGAAAAAUCGUUCCAGAGCUGCGCGAAGAAAGCCGAAAACAAUAUUUGGCGAAACGAAAGGAUGACAAACUUGACGAACUUGAAAAAAUUGUUCAAGACGACGAAACUUUCUUUGCGAACGAAAAUUUGACGGCCCGCGAGAAAGCAGACAUGAAGUAUCGCAAGGAUGUUCUGGAAUAUGCGAGGAAGCAUGAGCGUGCUGCGGAUUUUCUCAAAAUCAAGCGCUAUCAUGUACCGGAUGCCAAAACGAAGUCAAUACCAACAGAAUAUGUGGAGGAUCCGGACGAAGUUCAGCGAGGUGAUGGAAGACGUUGGGAGGAUGACCGUCUAGCAGCAGCACGUGCCGAGUACGGUGCUAGAGACAGGGAGUUAGCUUUAUUCCGAUUGCUUCUGCGAUUAUUUAUACUGGUCGGAGCUGCGCAGCAGUUUGCUAACUUGUUCUGUAAUUUUCAGAAACGGGAAGAAUUUGAAAUGGUACUGGAUGACGAGAAAAUUGAUUUCAUUCAAGCAUUUCAAAUGCCCGGCACAUCUGAUGCACCGGACAAGGCAAUAUCGGCCGCACAGAAAAAGAAAAUGUCUUUGGCCGAAACGAGGAAGUCGUUGCCGGUUUACGCG